ACCCUUUGAAAAAGACACCAUGAGCACUGAAAGCAUGAUCCGGGACGUGGAGCUGGCAGAGGAGGCGCUCCCCAAGAAGGCAGGGGGCCCCCAGGGCUCCAGAAGGUGCUUGUGCCUCAGCCUCUUUUCCUUCCUCCUUGUCGCAGGAGCCACCACGCUCUUCUGCCUGCUGCACUUUGGGGUAAUUGGGCCCCAGAAAGAAGAGCUCAUGACUGGCCUCCAGCUCAUGAACCCUCUGGCCCAGACCCUCAGAUCAUCUUCUCAAGCCUCAAGAGAUAAGCCUGUCGCCCAUGUUGUAGCCGACCCCGCUGCCCAGGGGCAGCUGCAGUGGGAGAAGCGGUUUGCCAAUACCCUCCUGGCCAAUGGUGUGAAGCUGGAAGACAACCAGCUGGUGGUACCGACUGAUGGGCUAUACCUCAUCUACUCCCAGGUCCUCUUCAGUGGCCAGCGCUGCCCCUCCACCCCUGUGUUCCUCACUCACACCAUCAGCCGCCUUGCAGUCUCCUACCCAAACAAAGCCAACCUCCUCUCUGCCAUCAAGAGCCCUUGCCAGGGGGACACCUCAGAGGAGGCUGAGGCCAAGCCCUGGUACGAGCCCAUCUAUCUGGGAGGGGUCUUCCAGCUGGAGAAGGAUGAUCGACUUAGUGCUGAGAUCAACAUGCCCAACUACCUGGACUUUGCUGAGUCUGGGCAGGUCUACUUCGGGAUCAUUGCCCUGUGAGGGGGCAGGACAUCAUC